AUGAGUUUGAUGAGAAAGAGAAUGAUAUUUGCAAAACGAGAAAAGAUGAAAUAUUCUUUAGUUGGAAGCCUUGUAUAAUUGGCUUUCGAAUUUGGAUUUCAGGUAUCUGCUCCUUUCUAACUUCCCCCUCUUCUAAGCUACUAUAUUGCUUCUUUGAUCUUUUAUAGAAGUGAUCUGCAGGAACUAUUUCUUCAAUAUGUGUAAUUCUUUAAGAAGGAUGAGUAUUAUACAAAAUUAAUGGAUAUGUAAAGUUAAUAUUUUCAAUAACAACUCAAUCAUUAAUGCUUUUCCUAACUUAUAUUCCAUAAUGUUCCAAGGCGACAAUAUUUUAGCGAGGACAUUUUUGUAGAUUAUCUGGAUAAAAUUAUUGUUGGUAUGAAAUUAGAUUAUAAAAUUCUUUUGGAAGAUUUUAUCACGUACUUUGAAUUGUUUAACCUUUAAAAGAAUAAAAUAGCAGCAUCUUUAAGCGAUUUAUAUGCAUUUAGAAAAAAUGACAUAGCAUUCGGAAAUAUACGAUUUGUAUCCUAAUAAAAGGAUGGAUUGCUAAUUGAUUUUAAACAACCAAUAGGAAAAUUUUAAGAUAUAUAAUUUAUAGAACAUUUGGUUUUAAGAUGA